AUGGCGAGUUUCUUGUUGCUGUCAUCGUUUUGUUUAUUUUUUCCUCUUGUUCUUGCUUUACCAGGUAACAGCGUUUCGCCGUUGUUGAACUCCUCUAGCAAACUAAUUUUGCCAAUACAGGCUGUUGCAGCCAGCGCAAGCCGAAUCUAUACCAAUACUAUUCAAGGAAAGCUGAGCGCUCGGGACAUGGUGCAAAUUGCGCUUCUGUGUAGUGUAUUUCCUGGUUUUUGGUAUCUGCGAAAUGGAAGGAAGAGUAGAACUUCGAAUGACUCAAAAUCACUUAAAGACAGUGCGCAUGGAACUAUUCCCGAAAGAAGCUUAGAUAUCAAUGAAUCCGAAGUUGUCGACCCAGGGCUAUUGAAAAAAUAUUCCGAGAUAAGAUCCUACACAACUAGUCGAUUUACAUAUCCUUCGCUCCGGAUUUUCUUCAGCAGACAUGCUCAAGCAGAUAAAUUACCUACAAAACCUGCUCCACUACCUCUACUUGUCUUUAUCCAUGGUCUGGGAGGCUCAGUCGCGCAAUUCAACCCUCUAUUGACAAGCCUUGUGAAUUUGGCAUCAUGUCUUUCAAUCGAUCUACCAGGCUGCGGCCUGUCUGAGUUCGAUUCCAAGUUACCUUGGGAUGCUUAUACUGUGGAUGCUCUUGCAGAGCUUGUUGGGAAAGUUAUCGGGGACUAUAGAGAAAAGGAUACGAAUCAGGGUGUGAUCCUGAUUGGACACAGCUUGGGGUGCUCAAUAAGUGCCUUACUUGCAUCUACAACGUCGCCACGGUCAAUUGCGCUAUCAGAAAAUGUCAUCGGUUUCGUCGCAAUUUGCCCUCGCGCCGAACCUCCUAGUGAAGAUGAGGUCAGUAAGUUCAGGAAGCUGCUUCUGGUCCCCAAUCUUAUUUUUGAUUUGUGGCGUAACUGGGACCGUCGGGGUGGCCCUGAGAGUGCCAGUGUGCAUAGAUUUGUCGGUGCUUCAGCAGAUGAAGAAACCAAAAAACUCCAAGAACGCUUCAAUAGUCGGAGUAAAACAGCAGUAUGGAGGAGAAUGGCAGCUGGCACUUUGCCUGUUUACGAAAACCACAUUGCGAAAGGUGGACUUCCGGGAAGGGAUGUCUGGAAGGGGCUAGAUAUGCCUGUCUUCCUUGUUGCUGGGGCAGCGGACAACAUCACAAAGCCUGGGGAGAUUGAGAAGAUUGCUCAAUAUCUCGGGAAGUCUAACUCAAGCCAAAUUGAGGUCAACGAUAAAAGUGAACCCAUUGUUGAUGCAGCUGCGCCUGUUGAUAUAUCUAGACAAACGGAAUCUAUAAGAAACAGCAUCAACCCUUUGACCGAAAAACAGCUCUUGGAAAACAAUCCUAGUGCCGUUACAGAUUCGCUAGAAGACUCAUCAACACCGGAUGACAUUGAAAGAAUCGACAACAUUCCUUCCCAACCUCUCAGGCCUAAGAGGGUUUUAAAGAUGACAAUCAUUCCAGCUCCCGCUUCGCAUGCACUGCUCUACAUGCCAUCCACUGUGAGGAUCCUUGCGGGUCUCAUCUCUGAUUUUCUCUGCACUCAAGUGACACCGCGGUUGUCCUUGGGUUGGCAACUGCAGUUUCUUUCCACCUCCGGCAAAUGGGAUGUGAAGAACUUGGCAAAAUGGCAAGCAGUUGCUCCAGUAUCUGAGCCCAUAGGGGGCGUGUUCCGUGCCAUGAAAACCUUGAGGGAGGUAGAUGAUACUCAUUGUCCGGAGGUGUUCGUAAGAGAUUGGGGGGAGCAGAUCAAAGAUAUUGUGGACAUUAGUCACGAAAGCCCGGUGUACGACCCGCGAGGGCUUGAGAAAGGGGGCAUACGGUACCAUAAAUUUCCCACGGUAUCUAAAAUCCCACCCACAUCUGACGAAGUCGUCACCUUCAUCAAUUUAAUUGACCGAUUACGAGAUGAGCAGGAGGCAAGGAAGAAAAAUGAAGGGGUCGAUGGUGAAUGGUUUGUGGGGGUACACUGUCACUAUGGCUUCAACAGAACUGGAUAUUUCAUCGUCUGUUAUCUGGUGGAAAGGUGUGGGUAUGGAGUUCAAGAAGCGAUUGAUGAAUUCGCCAAGAGAAGACCCAAGGGUAUUAAACAUGCUCAUUUUAUGGACCGGCUAUUUGUUAGAUACUGCGUGGGGUUAAAGAGAGCGCCCACGCUUUAA